GCUGGAACUUAUUCAGCGCAAGUGGAUCGCAUUUGAUUGCCGGAGAUGGCCGGGCAGGUGAACUCGGGUCGGACUGAUCGGCUUCGCCUCGGCGUCGAGACUCCUGAGGAUGAAGCGACCGAGCUAUGAAUAUAUGAAUAAAUGCCCUCCGUUCUCUUUCCCUAGCGUCUCCCUCUCGCGUAGACAUGGAUGUCAGCAACAGCACCGUCCUCCUGAUCCCUCAUUUCUGGGGCCCAGUGACCGCAACCUUGGAUUGGUGUGAGGCAAAUUAUCAGUUCUCAAGUUAUAUUGCCGAAACUGCGAACACCUUUUCAAACCUUUUCACGGUCGGGUUGGCUCUUUUUGGUGCCUAUCAGGCCCGCGCACAGUCGUUGCCGCCGCGGUACCUUGCUGGCUAUUCCGGGUUCGCGUUGGUCGGGGUGGGAAGCUUUAUCUUCCAUGCUACCUUGCUGUUCGAGGCACAGCUUGCCGAUGAGUUACCAAUGGUCUACGUCGCCAGCUACUGCUGUGCCAUUCUCUUCGACACCACGCGUGGAUUUGGCCUCAAGGACUCUCGUCGAGCUCUUUCCUUAGCUGCAGCGGUAAUUUCAUUCAACGUGCUGUUCACUUGGUCAUAUUACAUCUCCCGGAACCCGAUAUAUCAUCAAGUUGUCUUUGCAGCUCUCCUGGGUAUCACGGGCGUCCGUACUAUCUACCUGCUACGUGAUCAAGAGAUUGCGAAGAGGGUUCCGGAAGAGGUCAAAUCCACUGUCGCUCGGCUGUUCUCAUUCGGUGCGGCGACAUUCGCAUUCGGGUUCUUCGUCUGGAACCUGGAUAACAUCUUCUGUGGCACUAUAACGCGGUGGAAGCACGCUCUUGGCUGGCCCGCGGCCUUCAUCCUUGAAGGCCAUUCUUGGUGGCACAUACUCACUGCAACCGGAACCUAUCUGAUGCUGGUUGGAAACACUUAUUUCACGCUCUGCAUCAAGGAUGACUACCAAAACUUCGGGAUUGAACCUGCGAUGGGCCUUCCCUGCAUCAGACGUGUCCAUAGAGCGAAGGCGCAAUAAUUCCGACAUCCGGUGCUGGGCGGUAUUCUGAACGGGUCAGCGCUCACGAGACAACUAACACGUCCCUCACGACUUCAUGGCCUCAUAGACUUGUGUUUCUCCUGCCCGCGUACAUGUGCUUCUGCUGAUAUGCUCUGUGUCGAUACGCAACUCAUACAUUGCAGUGCAAGUACCCCAGUCUUGGGUAGAUACAAUUCGCGCAUCACGGACAUCUUACACACUCGAGGCUCCGUGUAGAUCAGUUUGUAUCAACAUCUUAAAUUGAUGAGACAAGACAUGAGCGAGGCGCUAUAUAAACGGAG